UUUUUUCCACAUUUUCUCGAGAUAAUCUCAGAUAUUAAAGAUAUAAUUUCGCAACUGGAGAGCAGCGAAGAUUUCGCAUUUCAAGACAAGUUCCAUGCGUUUGGCUCAUAGCCUAUAUUUUAAAGUUAUUUUUAACCCACUACGUUGUUGCAGAAUGAGUUUUAAGUAGUAGGAAGACUUCGUGCGGCCCGUUAACUUAUUCCUUCGUAUCUCCCAUCAAUUGUACUUUAAUUUUUUGUUGCAUUUUUAACGUAAUCGAUGGAUUUCGUGAAUUGUUCGGCGAAACGCUCUUCGAAAAGUUGCUGCGGUCGCGAGACUACGGUAGACAGUGAGCUUGGAAGCUGCGAUCAUAUUUACGCAAAUUUGGUCGAAUGCAAGAGCAAAGGUAUAAAUACUGAAGAUUUCGUUCAUGUUGAACCAAUGAUGAUAGCACCGAACAAACGUAACGAAGAUUCCAGAAAAAGACGUGCACCUUCACCGAAUUCGAAUGGUUUUGCAUACCAGUCUUCCCCCGUGUUCACUCGCAACAAAAUAGACAAUGAACUCGAAGAUCUGAGAGAACCGAUGCAUUCUUCAUAUAGGUUGUCGCACGAUGCAGCCUUCCAAUGUCCCAGAUGUGGGCAGAGAAUGGAGGAACCUAGACUCCUUCCUUGCUUGCAUCCUAUAUGUUUAUCUUGCGUUUACGAAUUGAUGAGCAAGAUUCCUUCAAAGAGCGAAAUACGAGAUAAAAAUCGAAUUUACACACAACCCGAUAUUUACGAAACGUGUCCGUUAUGCGACUCGCAUUUGCCGAAUGCUAAUUCCGCUGUACCGCCACCGCAUUAUCUCUUACAACAUCGUUCAGUUAUGGACACCGUGCGACGUAAACUGGUCAAUAGAGUACUUUGCGAUACCUGCACAGACGAAGUUAUGGCACUCAUACAGUGUUCAACGUGUUUGCGCAAUUUUUGCUCGGAAUGCGGCAGGCAACAUGAACAACAAAAUAUUGCGGAAGCAAGAACAAUUAAACAUUUAAUGAAGCCACUAUGGGAGGCUACUAAAGUACGACGAACGAUUUUAUGUCAAAUACAUCCAACGCACGCUUUAAGAUUUUAUUGCAUCGCGUGUCAGCAGGUAACGUGCAAGGAAUGCAUGUGGAGUAUACAGCAUAGAGGUCAUGCUAAUGAAGAUGCUAUUGGAGUGGGAAAAAGAGUUGGUAUGUACUUAGCAACAAUGUUGCAGAAAGCAAGGAUGUAUCUAAAUAAUCUAUUAAUUCAAUACAACCACGACAUAUUUUCAACUAAUGAUCUUGGAGAAGCACACAAUGUAGCCAAGAUUUGCAAGAUAAUGGAAAUAGUAAGCGAAAAAGACAUAAUUGUCAUUUGAGGUACAAAGCAUACAUUCCAAAGCUCUUUGACUGAGACACAAACCGAUUAGAAUUAUUAAAAUAAUUAUAACAUUUGAAUAUAUUUUUGUUAAUACAACAUUAAACAAUAUUGAACAAGAAGCAAGUUAUGUCGCGACUGAUGUGUUUUGAAACAUGUUAUGUUUAAGUUUAGUUAAAUAUAGUACGAAUAUUUGUAACUAAUAAUAAAUACAAAUGUAAAUAGCA